UUAUGUAGUAUGUUGUUGACUUUUAGCUGUGCUUAUUUUAGUUUAUAUAAGUAUUUAACUUAUAUGUUCCUUGAACUAGGUCCAGUAAAAGGUAAGUGUUUGGUGUCUUAUAUGUUUUGACAAUGGCUAUGAACCCAAAGUAUGUAGACUUUAUUUAAGUGGAUUCACUACAAAAGUAGCUUCCUGCUAAUUAGCCCGCUAGCUUGUAAACGGUAUUAAAACCGAAUUACUCCAGGACUGAAACAGAAGACUUGCACAACAAUUUUAAAUUAAGAAAUGUCUCUUUUCUGAUUUAAAUGCAAUGUGUUAACUUAACUUAAAUGUAUUUUACAAGUCCGACCGUGUGCACUUUUAGACAACAUUAAGCUAACUAAAGGGUAAGCUAAAACUAAAUGUCUACGUAAUGGAAAUGCGUUGAAAGGUGUCAAAUACUCUCCUACAAUAAAACAGUCCUGCGAUAAACUACAAAACUGUAACAAGUUUCAUCAGUACAAGUAGUUAAAAGGACCAAACAGGCUUUAUUUGAAGCAUGGUUGUCCGGUUUAGAGGUGAGUGAAGGGUUAAUCCGCUGUGCUGCUCGGUGGGCUCCGGUGAAGUGAGGGGCUGUGUGGUGGGUGAGGGCCCUGCUGUCAUGAGCUGAUGUUGGUCGGCCUGCACAGUCUCUCUGCUUCGUCAGUCUGCAGCCGACAGCAGCCUUCUCACAUCCUCAUAUCCUGACAGGUUGCGUGCUGCAGAGGAGGAUGGACAGAACCGGCCACAUAAACAUUGCAAUGAUCGAAGAUAUCGGCACCAAUGGGAUGGCCAGACCUAAAGUCGGCGCGGCCGUGGACCGGAGCAAGCAGCCGUGUGGCUCCACUGUCAGCUUCCACAACGUCCAGUACAAAGUGCACAUGAAGAGCGGCUUCUCAUGCAAAAGGAAAAUCAGCGCCAGGGAAAUACUGGUGGACCUCAAUGGGAUUAUGAGACCUGGCCUGAACGCUAUUCUCGGACCUACUGGAAGUGGAAAAUCAUCAUUCUUGGAUGUUUUGGCUGCAAGAAAGGACCCGUCCGGCCUCUCGGGGGAAGUCUUAAUCGAUGGAGCACCACAGCCUCCGAACUUCAAAUGUCUUUCAGGCUAUGUGGUCCAGGACGACGUGGUCAUGGGGACACUGACGGUGAGGGAGAAUCUACGUUUCUCCGCGGCGCUGCGUCUGCCCAGCUCCGUGCCACAGAGCGAGAAGGAGGCUCGAGUCAAUCAUCUCAUCAAAGAGCUGGGUCUCACCAAAGUGGCCGACUCCAAGGUGGGGACACAGAUGACCCGGGGAAUCUCAGGAGGAGAGAGGAAGAGGACAAACAUUGGCAUGGAGCUGAUUAUUGAUCCGGCGGUUCUCUUCCUGGACGAGCCCACCACUGGGCUGGAUGCAAGCACUGCCAACUCUGUCCUGCUGUUGCUCAAAAGAAUGGCCAGUAAUGGAAGAACCAUAAUUAUGUCCAUCCACCAACCUCGCUACUCCAUCUACAGGCUGUUUGACACUCUGACCCUGUUGGUCAGUGGUAAAAUGGUUUAUCACGGACCAGCUCCAAACGCUUUGGACUACUUCGCCAACAUAGGCUAUUCCUGUGAGCCACACAACAACCCAGCCGACUUCUUCCUGGAUGUUAUCAAUGGAGACUUCACGGCCACCGCCAUGACCAAAGUGCACGGCUCUGAAGAUUUGGACUUUGAGGAGCUUAGCAGCUCCAGGCAGAGCAUCGAGGAGCGUCUGGUAGAGGAGUACAAAAACAGCAGCUACUCCGGCACCACGCGGGCCGAGCUGGAACGCAUCGUCCAGGAUAAGGAGUAUAUAUCGCGUCCAAAGUCCCGCACCAUCACCUACAACACCUCCUUCUUUCACCAGCUGCGAUGGGUUCUCAAGAGAACCUUUCAGAACCUCAUGUUGAACCCCCAAACAUCUGUGGCUCAGCUGGGAGUCAAUGUUUUCCUCGCUCUCAUCGUAGGAGCCAUUUUCUUCGGGGUCAAAGACGAUCAGAGCGGCAUCCAGAACAGGAUGGGUGCCCUCUUCUUCAUCACCACCAACCAGUGUUUCAGCACCGUGUCUGCAGCCGAGCUCUUCAUCACCGAGAGGAAGCUGUUUGUGCACGAGUACAUCAGCGGCUACUACAGAGUGUCCGUCUACUUCCUCUCUAAGAUCCUGUCUGACGUCACCCUGCGCACCGUCACCUCCGUCGUCUUCAGCUGCAUUGUCUACUUUCUGAUUGGUCUCAAGUCCACAGUGGAAGGCUUCUUUGUCUUCACUCUGACAGUGACUCUGGUGGCCUACACAGCCACAGCCAUGACCAUGGCCAUCUCAGCGGACCAGAGCAUCGUGGCUCUCGCCAACAUCUUCAUGACCAUCACGUUUGUCUUCAUGAUGAUUUUCUCAGGUCUCCUGGUGAACCUACCCAGCAUCAUGGACUGGCUGGCUUGGCUGAAGUACUUCAGUAUUCCUCGUUACGGCCUGGCAGCCUUGAAGAUCAACGAGUUUGUGGGUUUGAAGUUCUGUGAUGAGUCCGCUCUCCAAACCGCCAACGACUCCGCGGUGAUGACCAACUGCUCUGUGAACACCGUUGGACUGACAUGCACAGGAGAGCAGUAUCUGGACUACCUGGGGAUAGAGUACACCUCCUGGGGCCUGUGGGGGAAUCACGUGGCUCUGAGCGUUAUGACAAUCAUAUUCCUCAUCAUAGCGUAUCUGAAGCUCCGCUACAUCAGGAAGUUCACUUAAUAUUCAGUUUUGUCUUUAAACAAACGGGGCAAAAGAUGUUCUCCAAAAAAAGGUCACGGACAAGCAACGUUUUUUUUUUUGUUGUUUUUUCAUUUAUGUAGUCUGAAAUGGGGCUUAGAGAAGGUUAUCUUAGCUCUACAUAAAAAUCAAUAGCAGAGGGACAGGCUUGUUUGGCAAACUAACAAACUAAGAGGUAACCUUCAAAAGAGCCAGUCAAGCUUUGUGUGCCUGCUUCAAAGUCUUUAUGCUAAGAUGAGUCAAACCACUCCUGGCUUGAGGUCCAGACUGAAACCUUUUAGUAGUUGCAGGCAGCACAACAAAGUGUAAACACAAGAUGCAGUAGAUAUCCACUGGAUGCAAAUGUGGUAGUGUGUCACCAGAGUGGGAGCUAGCUAGCUAAACAGUUUAGUUUAAAAUAAAGCAAUAAAUAAUUGAUUUAAGUGCAGAGAUUGCUAAUUGAACUUAAUACUAAUGGUAUCACAGGGUGGUGGAGAUUAAAAUUUGGUGAAAGAAUUGUCUGUUAAUGUUGAAUGUUAAUUAGUUUUAAUGUGCUGGUAUGGCCCCACGUUGGGCGCCACGUGUUAGAUCCCCAGCAGUGUAACAGAAAUCAGAAGCAGGAAACAUUUCAAAGCCUGUUUCCUAUAUUUUUCAGACUGCGCCUUUUGUUUCUCAGUACUUUUGUUAAUCAGUGUUCUCAAUUAUUCAGCUGUUGUGGUUUCCAGAUUUAACUGAUGUAAUCUUUUUUUGUUUCUGAAUGUUCUUAAGUUGUUUUUAUUUCUGGAUUUUUAUAUAUACAAUAUAUACAGUAUAUAUAUAUACGAUAUACUGACAGAUGAUUCAGGACGCACAAUAAUUUUCAUGUGUAAUUUUCUAAUGCGGUUUUAUCGUUUACUGUGCUGUCACUUGUGCCUGCAUACUCUGUUAUUCCUGUUAAUUUGCUACAGUUUACAAAAAUAAAAAAUAAAAAAUGAA